GGGGAACGGGGUGGAGAACGUGUACGCCAAUGGUAAAAGGUAUGGGCGUGACUGAACACGUCUGGGCGGAGAGGGGUUCUAGGAGGUCCCUUUGCUCCGGCUCUGACAGGUUUCAGUUCUGAUUUCAUCUUGAGUCGGGAAGGAUGCCUCGGCCGUGCCGAGAGUCGUACGGCGAUCAGAAGCCACCAUAUUCGUACAUCUCUUUGACGGCGAUGGCCAUAUGGAGCUCGCCGGAUAAGAUGCUACCUCUGGCCGACAUCUACAGGUUUAUCAGUGACAGGUUCCCGUACUACAGGAGGAACACGCAGCGCUGGCAGAAUUCCCUCCGUCACAACCUCUCUUUCAACGACUGUUUCGUCAAGAUACCUAGGCGUCCGGACAGGCCUGGGAAAGGCGCCUACUGGACCCUUCACCCCGCCGCCCUGGAUAUGUUCGAGAACGGUUCUCUCCUGAGAAGGAGGAAAAGGUUCAAACUGCUCAAAUCGGACAAAGACAGGCUUGAGAACGAAUUGGCGGCGUUGGCCAGUUUGAACAGGUUCGUCGUGAAUCCUCCACCUCCGCCGCAGAUCGUACAGACGCCUCCGCAGACUUCGGAACCUCCUCCUCGGCCGAAACGUCCCUUCGACAUAGAAUCCCUUAUUUCGCCCGAACCCGAGAAACAGCCGCCUCCGCCUCCUCCUCCGCCGCCACCGCCGCCGGUAAGGCCACCUCUUUAUUACAUUCCGCCUCCGAGUCACAACCCCCAGCCCCCGUACUAUUCCUACACGUUCAGGUUCGGACCGACGCUCACAGCCGUCUGACCCUUUCCUCAUUUGGAUAACUAAACGUACAAAUAGUUCGACACCACCAAAAUAUCUCAUUUACAAAACUACACACUAAGCGGUUUACUCCCUUAGUGGUUAAAACGAAGAUACUUGCCAACCUCUUCCCUCCGAUUGUGUAUUUAUUACCUCAUGAUAUCCUACUUUUUCUUAAUUUGUUUUGUUUACGAGUUCUAAAUGUCGUUUCAUCUUUCCUUUUUGUGUAUAUCAUUGUGAAUCGCCUAGUUAUAAAUGUUUAUUAGCCACCGUUUAUGUUUUUCUUGUUGGAAUUCAACAAAAAGUGGACUUUUUGUGAUUUGUUUUUGCUAUAAACGCAAAUUAGGCGGUCUACCCGACCGUUAUGGUAACUAUUUCCUUUUUCCAUUCGAAUGUUUUUUUUAUUAUUUAAUUUUAAUUGUUUUUACGGCGCUUUUGUUGUGCCCUCUAAUUGUUGUGCAACUCUGACAAUGUGUUGUUUCAUUUGUUCGAGGAUGUUCAUUGUGAUAUAUUAAUGUAUAAGAAGAACAAAAAAAAGGUCUUUUUGUAUAGUAUAUUAUAGUUAUUUAACUAAUGAAUUGUAGAUAUGUAAUUUAUGUUUAUUUAAAAAGUUCCUUAGAAAAAACGAUUGAAUCGUGAAUUUAUUAGAUAAAA